CCCUAAGGACAGCCCUGUGAGUGCCUCGAGUGCGGGAAGAGCUUCAUGUGCUGCUCCAUUCUCCAUGGGAGGAUCCAUGCUGGAUGAUCCCCGGUGAGCCCUGGUGGGCAGAGCCCUGGUGAUCCAUAAUGCCUGUGAUCUGGGUUGGGAAGAUACCUGCCUGGGGGCUUCGCAUCCUCCUGGCUCCCUGUGGCCUGGAUUUUUUUUUAAUGUCUCUUUGUCUUUCCAAACACCCAUAUUCAGUGUUAAAAAUAAAGAUGAUGAACUAAGACAAGGAUGUGGACAUGGGAGGACCUUCCAGGGGAUGUGGGGGACGCUGGGUCCGAGGGAGUUGAGGGUUCCUGGACAGGACUUGGGGGUUGCUCAUGGCGUUGGUCACCCCAUGGCCAGUGGCUUCAGCUGCACUGGGAGACCCUGCCAGAGGUUCUGGACCAAGGAGCCCCUUCCCUGGGAAUGUUCCCAUGUUCCCCUGUCCUGGUUCCUGGUGUCCCCUGUCCACGAUCCCCGUCUUUCUGAUCUCCUGAUGUCCCCUGUCCAGGAUUCACUCCAGUCCCUCAGCCUGUUCCUUUGUCACCCCACUCCCGGUCUCAUCCUGCUGCCAUCCCAGUCCAGAUCUCAUUCCCAGUGUCAUUCCCAGUCCCUGUCCUAUAUUCUCUGUCUGGGUUCCAUUACCCAGUCCCAUAUUCCCAGUCCCUGUCCCAUUCCCGAGGGUCGCCUCUGGCAUGGGGCCCUGAGGGCUCCCCAGCUGGGGCUGGCUGUGCCACACGAACCGUUCAGCCCUGCUGCUGUCCUUGGCCAGCUGCAGAGAGCACAAGGCUUUGGGCAUUUCUCAGAGGCCCCCAGCUGGCCGGAGCAGCCCCUCCUGCCAGCAGCCGCUGUGGCUCAGAGCCCUCCCUCAUGCUGGGGCCACGGAGGGGCCAUGGGCCUGGAGGAGGCUCCUGUUCCUGAGGCAGGAGCAAGGCUGCAGCUCCCGGCUCCGGGCCCUGGGCCGCAGCAGCCCAGGGGAGGCCCAGCUGCAGAGCUCACAGCCCCUGCUGGGUUUCGCCUGGGCACUCUGCAGCACGAAUCCCCAUCCCGUAUUCUCUCUGCGGCUGCUGUUUCCGUAUUCCCUGUCCCGCUCCCAUAUUCCCAUUCUCAAUCCCAUUCCCGCUCCCUGUCCCCUCUCACCAGACGCCGCCGCCGUCGCUCCGGCCCCCCCGGCCCUGACACACCAAGGAAACCCCGCGCUGCUGUGGCAAAUCAAUCCCAGCGCGCGAUCGCUCCUGUAUUUGUAUAAGCACUAAUAACUUGUGGUUAUGCAAAUACUUCGCUUUGGCCCUGCCCACUGCCAGCUGUAGCCCCGUCCGGGCGCUGUUUGCUUUCAGCUCCCUCCCAGUGCUCCCAGUAAGAGCAGCACUGGCAGGGAAAGCCCUCCCAGUUCCUUCCCAGUGCUAUCAGGAUCUCUCCUGGUAUUCUCACCAUCGUUCUCAGUGCUCCCAGUAUCGCCCGUUGUGCAUCGCAAGGUGGGGCUGCUUUGGAAGCCCCAAGGGUAGAGUGUGGCUGCUUUUGGGUGUCGGCUCUGCCCAGGCCGGGCUGGGAGCUGAGCAGCAGCGGGAGGAAGAGGAGGGACAGGACGAGGAGGGAGAGGAGGAGUGGAAGGGAGAGGAGCUGCAGAACCACGCUGGUUUCCCGGCCUUCCCACACUGCUCCGGCCGCAGCUGCCCCGGCUCCUGCUGCAUCGCCCCUCGGGGAGCCGCAGGAUUUGCCAUUUCCAAAACUUGUUGCGAUGGAGGAGGAGGCCGUGAGGAAGAGGAAGAUGACCUGGGAGCCCCAUGCAGGUGAGGAGGAAGUGGAUCCCCCCAUGCAGAGAAUCCAUAAUGGGGAGAAACCCUACAAGUGUGAUCAAUGCAGGAAGAGGUUUCAGACCAGCUCUCAUCUCCUCCAGCACCAGCAGAUUCACACAGAUGACAGGCCCUUCUGCUGCCCUGACUGUGGGAGCAGCUUCAAGAACAACUCUACCCUCGUCAGGCACCGGCGCAUCCACACUGGGGAAAGGCCCUACGAGUGUGACAAAUGCUGGAAGACGUUUAAGACCAGCUCCACUCUCCUCCUGCACCUGCGCACUCACACAGAUGAGAGGCCUUUCCUCUGCCCCGACUGCGGGAAGGGCUUCCAGCGCAACACCCACCUCACCAGCCACCGGCGCAUCCACACCGGGGAGACGCCCUAUGAGUGUGGGGAGUGUGGGAAGAGAUUCCGGCACAGCUCAGCCUUGUCCCACCAUCAACGGAGCCACCACUAAGGGAAGCCCUGCGAGUGCCCCGAGUGCAGGAAGAGCUUUGUGUGCUGCUCCAGCUCCAUCCCCCAUGGGCGGAUCCACCCUGGAUGAUCCCCAGUGAUCCCCAGUGAUCCAUGGUGCUGGUGAUUCCUGUUGGGAAGACACCUGGCUGGGGGCUCCACAUCCUCCUGGCUCUCCAUGGGCACCUGCACACAUCCACAGACCAACAUCCAAAAUCCAUUUUGUAGAGCUGAUUUGUCGACUUCUGAGCCCAGAAAAAUCUCUUUUUGCAUCUUCUCGUGGCCUUAAGCAACACUGGAUGGCCUUGGAGGUCUUCUCCAACAUAAAUCCAUCAUUUUAAUUUUCUCUGGCCGACAGGCAUAUUCCACAGCCAGAUGGGGAUGGACUGGGGCAAAACCCUCAAUUCUGGAAACAGUGGGGUGGAGACCUCUCCAAAAAAGGUUCUUUCCACCUAUUCAGGCAUGUUGAUGCUCUGCCUGCAGGGACACAUAAAUCAUUUUGUUUUGGCCUUGAAAGGAAAAGGUUUCUGUUCAUCCCUUUGAGAGCCCUGAAACUGGGGUGAAAGUAAAGGCGUUGAACUAAGGCA